AUGUCGACCUCCAAGAUACCGCGCGGAGAUUUUCUCAAUCCCAGCCCACAUCUUGCAAAUGCUGCUGCUAACACUGUCGUGGACUCGCUGUUGUCCAGCGUGAAACAGGCGCGCAAACGCUUCGGUCUUCCAACCUUGCCAGACUACGAAAUCGCAAGAAAAAACUUGCCAUCCCUUCGGGAUUCUCUGAUGGGCGAAUACACCGUCAAGCGCAUCGUUGAAGCCAGGAUUCGUCUCACUGUUCAAGCAAGCCUGGACACGCAUUGUCUCACAGCUUUUCCUUACCAUGAAGCACUUGGCAAAGCUUUUUAUUACGAUAGCUUGCUCGCCCAAGCAAAGCUUCACGAUGAUCUCCAAAGCGUCAUUGACCGCUUCCCACUGAUUGGUCUUGUUUUUAGCGUCAAAGACUGCGUUCAUGUCAAAGGGCUUCCAACCACCCUGGGCUGCUCGUUGAGAGCUGGGCACGACGAAGCUGCUAAUGCAGACAUUGUUCAGCAUAUGCUGGAUCGAGGUGCUAUCCUGAUCGCAAAGACCACAGCUCCGCAAUUAAUGAUGUCCAACACGACACAGUCGCCGCUUUGGGGUACUACAAGAAGUCCUAUUCGAACCACCAAUGAAGUGUUUAAUGAAAACGAGGAUCGUCUAGAUCAGGAGUUCCAGGUCGGCGGCAGUUCGGGCGGCGAAGCUUGCCUCGUCAAGCUGGGCGGCAGUCAGCUCGGUAUUGGAACCGACAUGGGGGGUUCUGUUCGUCAGCCCGCAUGCCUGAACGAGCUUUACGGCUACAAGUUUGCAUCACAGCUGGGCAAGAUCAGGUGGAAGCUUCCCAAAGACUUUAUGACUGGCUUGCCACACACGACAAUUCCCGCUACGGCCUUAGGCUUCCUCGCUCGGGAUUACACAACUCUGCAAUAUGUAGUCAAGGAGGUGUACAGGUCCAGUUGCUGGAAUCGAAAGGGACUCACACAGGACGAUAAUGCCAAUGAGAACUCUGAAAACCCGCAGCCUGGCGCACAAGGCUUGGUCGAUACCCCACGCAUCGUCUUUACGCCGCAGAAGAGUUCACCCCAAGUUCAAGCUCACAUUAGCCACCUUGUCGAUUCGCUAUCCGCCGACGAGGCUCUCUGGCGACCGACCAAAUGCGACGAGCUUGGUGACGUCGACGUCAAAGCGUGGGGCGAGGCAUGGACUGAACACGCAAAGGAGCAUGGCUUUGAUGAUGCGAGAGCUAUGCUCAAAGAUGAUCCACUGAUCAAGCGUACCCUGUUUGACGAGUCACGCCUGUCCACAAACACCGACAAAGCCGACAGGGCCAAAUGGAAGGCUGACGCAAACAAGCUGCGUGAGCUUAAAGCCACUUUCCUUCGCCAGGCCGGGAUCGCCACGGGCACGAAGAAGACCGACAAAGACGGCGAAGGCCAAGGAGAAGGAGAUGUCCAAUUCGAAAACGUCAUCCUGAUCACGCCCACCUACAUUCUUGGCGGUCCGGUUCUUAACCGUUCGUUUGUCGAGCUGGACGAUGCCGGCGAAAGUGAGGUGUGGUGUCAGAUUUUCAAUCUGCUCGACUGGCCCGCGAUUUCGGUGACCAUCCCGUUCUCGUACUCGGUCGACGAAGACGUCAAAAGGAAAAGUCCGCCCGAAUGGGCCCGUCAUUAUACCGAUUGCAUCGAAGAGAAUUACAUCGACAGGAUAUCCGACGACAGCGGUGGCAAACGUCCACCCAGACUGAGCGUGCAGUUGGCCACCAUUCCGGGCAAUGAACUGGCGCUGCUCGACUACGUUGCACACAUUGAAAGAUAUCUCAAACUCACCUGCGUGCGUGACAGUCGUAUGCGCUCGCGCUCACAAAACAUCGUCGAGGACGACGGACAGCCCAAGUGA